AUGGCUCUUACAUUUCCAAAACCAUCCAAGCUCAUUUCCUUCUCAUUGCUCCUCCUCAUAAACUUAGCUCUGAACCCUUGGGAAGGCAGUGGAGAACAACAGAACCUGGUGUUCUUCCUGCAAGAUGUGUCAAUAGGACCUAACGCAACAGUGGCCCCAGUGGCCGGCGUAAAAGGUAAGGAAUGGUCCUAUAACACAUUUGGAACCAUUUAUGCGGUUGAUGAUCUCGUAACAGCGGGUCCUAAUAGGAACUCAGCCCCAGUUGGGAGGGCUCAGGGUCUGCUUGCAACAGGUGCUUUGGAUGGGUCUAAUGUGAACAUCUUUCUCUCAAUUGUGUUCACCAAUUUGCAGUAUAAUGGGAGCACUUUGCAGAUUCAAGGCGUUAGCCGUCAAAGUGAGAAUUACAGAGAGGUUUCUGUGGUUUCAGGGACUGGCAGGUUUCGCUUUGCCAGGGGAUACGCUGCGUUGGAGACUUAUUACUAUGAUCCCAAUACUACUUACUCUAUCGUCCGCUUGUCUAUUACUUUGCUCAAUUCUUCUGAUGGUCAUUAA